AGAUGCCAGAAAAGAGCAGUCGAUCCAGUGUUGACAGUCCGGAGGGCGACAUCCUCAGUAAACUUAUGGUUCGUGUGUCUUUCAGGUCUGUUUCAUGCUGAGACUCACUGAAGAGGUGGGCCUCCAUGUUUAACACAGACCGACCCCAGCUGCCAUGUCCUCCACCUCUAUGGCAACAUCCACUGGCUGUGUUGGUGGUGAUACCCAGGCGGCGUCCGAGCAGGCUCUGCUGGCCUCAGACCGCUACGCCAGACUCAUCCUGGCCCAGAUGAACAAGAUGCGGCUCCGCACCGACUUCUGUGACGUGGGGCUGAGGGUCGGCAGCCGGGUCUUCCGGGUCCACAGGCUGGUGCUUGCUGCCAGCAGCCCGUACUUCUCCGCCCUCUUCUCCGGGGGGAUGAGGGAGGCGGAUAAGGAGGAGGUGCAGAUCCUCGGAGUGGAGACUGAAGUCUUCGAGGUUUUGCUGGACUUCAUAUACACAGGCGUGAUCAGUGUGACAGUGGAGAACGUCCAGGAGAUGAUGGUGGCAGCAGACAUGCUGCAGUUGAACGAGGUGGUGUCGAUCUGCGGAGAGUUCCUCAAGGGCCACAUGGACCCGUCCAACUGUGUGGGCAUCUUUCAGUUCCUGGAGCAGAUCGCCUGCAUGGACAUGUUGGAGUUUACUGAGAACUACAUCCAUGUUCACUUUCUGGAGGUGUGUGUCACCGAUGAGUUCAGGGGCUUGUUGAAGGAUCAACUGGUGAGGCUGCUGAGAAGUGAGGAGCUGAGAAUUGAGGACGAGUACCAGGUAUUCACUGCAGCCAUGGACUGGGUUCUCCAAGAUGUGGCAAAAAGGAAAAAACAUGUAGUGGAGGUGUUGGAACCCGUCCGCUUCCCUCUGCUGUCUCCACAGAGGCUGUUCAAGUACAUAGAGGGUAUUACGGACUUUAGCCUGCGGGUGGCGCUGCAGACUCUGCUGAAGGAAUACACUGAAGUCACAAAGUCUCCCAAAGAAAAUAAGAUGUACAGUCAGCUGCAACCAGCCAAGAUGAGACCCAGGAGAAAAGCCAGGAAAUACCUCUAUGCCAUAGGAGGCUACACUCGGCUGCAGGGCGGCCGAUGGAGUGACAGCCGGGCAUUGAGUUGUGUGGAGCGCUUCGACACCUUUAACCAGUACUGGACCACCGUGUCGUCCCUGCACCAGGCCCGCAGCGGGUUGGGGGUCGCCGUACUGGAGGGCAUGAUCUACGUGGUGGGAGGGGAGAAAGACUCGAUGAUUUUUGACUGCACUGAGAGAUACGACCCAGUGACCAAGCAGUGGGCUGCUGUGGCGUCUCUGAACUUUCCGCGCUGUGGAGUUGGAGUCUGCCCCUGCCAUGGAGCUCUGUAUGCACUCGGAGGAUGGAUUGGCUCUGAGAUUGGGAAGACCAUGGAGCGAUACGACCCAGAGGACAACAAGUGGGAGGUCAUCGGCAGCAUGGCUGUUCCUCGGUACUAUUUUGGCUGCUGUGAGCUACAAGGGUUUGUUUACGUGAUUGGAGGAAUCAGUGAUGAAGGAAUGGAGCUGCGUUCAGCCGAGGUGUAUGACCCGAUCUCCCGCCGAUGGAGCGCUCUGCCCGUCAUGGUCACGCGUCGAGCCUAUGUGGGCGUCGCCUGCCUCAAUAACUGCAUCUACGCAGUGGGUGGCUGGAACGAGGCCCUCGGUGCACUGGAGACAGUGGAGAAGUACUGUCCAGAAGAGGAGAAAUGGGUGGAGGUGGCUCCAAUGUCUACUGCCCGUGCAGGCGUGUCAGUGUCGGCUGUUAACGGGCUGCUGUACGCCGUCGGCGGCAGGGCCGCCAGCAGAGACUUCUCCGCCCCGGUGACUGUGGACUCGGUGGAGAUCUAUGACCCUCAUCUGGAUACCUGGACGGAAGUUGGCAACAUGAUCACCAGCCGCUGUGACGGCGGGCUUGCUGUGCUCUGAUAGCCAGGAAUAUUCAACUUGUGGACAUCCAUAUCAGCACUUGAAUCAUCCCAAAACUGCAUUGACUGAAAAAAAAAAAGCUGUACCUUAAGAAGCACAAAAUUGUGUUUCUGUCUCGUGUAGGCUUUCGCGUGAUCAUAGAUGUUAUUUAUACAUGGAUUGGACAUGUUUUUCCUUUUUUAUUUCUCCAGAACGUUUGACAUUCAUUGAACAUAUGACAGCAGAUCUGAAACUGGAAAAACUGCCAAAACUACUUCCACCGAUAAAAUGACUCGUCUGGGUCUCUAUUUUCAAUCCACUAAAUACUUUUACAGGAAUAUCAGUGGAAACAAACUUGUAUUUGAAGACAAAGCGAUCGUUGCGAUAAGGAUAUUUUUCAUAGCAGAGGAGUUCUAUUUUAGAUGGAGUUCUGCUCCUUUGGGAACAGUUCUUGGAUAACAUGUGAAAGCACUGUUUGUUUUGUUGAUUUUUCUCUUUAUUUUUUCUUCAAGAAACGUUUGAGGUGAUGAGUGCGUUGCUACUUGAGCCGACUGAAUAAUGGAACCAAAGCUCCAGGGGAAGUGGUUCCUGUAAACAAUUAUAAACUUGAACAGCACACCAGAGCAGUUAUUCCACUGGGUUAUUUUUGUAUAUAUAUGAUACUGUAUAUAAUAGUGCCUCCUCUUAAUCACUAUUUACACUCAAGGGUGUUUGGUCAUUUCACUCCUGACAUUACUAAAAUUUAGAUUUCAACUUUCUGAUGUUGAGAUAAGCAACAUCAUUAUAAGACAAUGUCCAAACCGGUAUGUAGAAAUAUUUGUACCUUUCUUAUGGUAAGUUAUCUCAUCAUGUUUCCUCUUUGGGUGUUGGGAGUUCAUCACAUUUGCAAGCUGACUGAAGUUGUUGCACAGUAACAGUACUUCCAAUCCAUAGUAAUAGCUUUUAUUGAUUGCUUUUCAAACUCGAUAAAAGAAUAAUGUUCUUGCUGGGUUUAAACUUCACCUACGUUACCUCUCUCCUUAUUUAGGAUAGUUUAAAUUUUAAAAACUUAAAGCUGUAAUAUCACAUUGAUUUUGCACAUACAAGUCAAACACAUCUGAGUCGACUAUACGUUUGCAAGAGAUUUUCUGCACAAACAAGAAAAUAUUGGACCGCUUACCUCCAGCUCUGCCACUAAACUCAGCACUCGUGAUUUACACGGAACAUUUACGUUGAACGUCAAUCUCCAGUAAAACUCAGCGAGAUAUAUUUUGACCUUAAAGGUUGUGAUGUGUGAAAAUGUAUCUCCUUUAUGUGACUAAUUUAAAUUCUGGUGUCUGAGUCGUAUAUUGUAAAGUGAAAGAGAUCGGUGAGGGUGUUUUUGAACCGUUAACAUUAAUAACAGAACUAUACUGACUUAUCGGUUUGGAGUUGGAAAAGAAAGGUAUGCAAAUAGUCCAAUGUUUAUUGUCCCCAAUUUGCUCAUUAUAAAUUGCCAUAAUCAAACACAUUUCAAUAAGGGUACUUUGUGUCUGGUGUUUUCACAGCAAAGAAUGAUUUUACAAAUGUUUUCUGAUAAAUGUUUUAUUAAUUUCAAAGUCUCUCUUGUUUGACAUUUUUAUUUUUUAAACUCGCUGGAAAUUUCUGUGCCUAUUUUGCAACUGUUCUUAAUCAUUUUCUAAAUGAUACGCUACAGCUAUACAUGUCACAUUUAGAUAUUAAAUGUAUUAUAGGUAACAAAAUGACUACUGUGCUUUGGUGUACUGUAUGAACCCACCUGACUGUCUGCACAUCUGCAUCUAAUUUCAUAUUUCUAUUGAGUCCAAAUGGCUCAAAAUACAAACUGUCCUCUUAAAUUAGUUCUGAAUCUCUUUGAUCUUCUUCUCAGUGCAGAAGUUUUUAAUUGUCAGUGUAGCCACCAGUGAGAAGGUGGCGACCAGAGUGAGAAUAGUCCGCAUGGCUUUGAACCAGGAAGGGUAGCC